AUGUCUCUCCUGUCCUUAACCAACCCUCCUGGCUGGAGCGUGUGCUCUGCUCUCUGUAUCCUCAUUGUCUUGCUCCCAGAGGCCAAAGCAGACACCACUACUACUCAGGGCAAUGGCGGGGGUUCCCAGUGUGGGGAGUACAGUAACCAGGUGAUGGAGAAUGGCAUGUGUCGACUGGUGGCAACACUUCCACAACUGGACGAGCAGAGAUGUCCGGAUAUGUUUCGCUGCACAGAUGAAGUGUCCUACUGGCUGCAUGAGAAUGAGGAAAGGAAACAGCAGAUCGUGGCUUUGAAGGAGACCAUCUCUGAGCUGCAGGAGGAGCUGAGGAACCACCGUCAUCGCAUCAAAGUCCUCGAGCUGCAGAGUGAGGAGAAGACCCAUUUGAACAUCUCCUUAGAACAGCGUUUUCAUGAGUUGGAGGUGCACUAUGCUGAAGCCACCACCAUGCUGCACCUACAGGGCACUCUCAUCCUAGACCUUCAGAACCAAGUCCAUAAUCUGACACUUUUGGUGGAGAAAGUAAAAACAAGUCCCGGCUGCUUGAUCAACAUUGUCCGUCCCAACCCUCUUAUGAGUGCUCAAGAAGCCUUCCACCCAGAUACUCAGCAUGUGAGGAACUGUCCCAUAGACUGUGCGUCCAUCUACUACAAUGGAGUGAGGAGAUCAGGCCUCUACACAGUAGUGCCUUCAGUUGCAGGCAUGCCUGUGGAGGUCUACUGUGAUAUGGACACAGAUGGUGGUGGUUGGACUGUGCUCCAGCGGCGAGUUGAUGGCUCAGUGAGCUUUGACCGCACCUGGAGGGACUAUAGAGACGGCUUUGGUGACCUGCACUCAGAAUUCUGGCUGGGUAAUGACCACAUACAUGAGCUGACCACCCAGGGAGAAUACAGUCUCCGCAUUGACCUGGAGGACUGGAACAACAAGCACAAACAUGCCCUCUACCAGAGCUUCAGUGUUGAAGAUGAGGAGCAUCAGUACCGUCUCCAUGUGUCAGGCUUCAGUGGUUCGGUGCAGGACUCUUUUAGCUGGUACCAUGACAAGCUGGGCUUCAGUACACCUGACAGUGGGAAUAUCUGUGCUGAGAUCUCGCAUGGCGGGUGGUGGUACAACCAGUGUUUCUAUGCCAACCUCAACGGUGUCUACUACAGGGGAGGCCAUUACACCCCUAAAGGCCGGGGGCCCCUGGGUCCUGAUGGCAUUGUUUGGUAUUCCUGGAGAGAUUCUGACUAUUACUCCUUGCGCAAAGUCAGCAUGAUGAUCCGCCCACGCACCUUCCGAACCCGUUUGUCUCCGUGA